CCUGGACCGCGGGGGAAGCUUUUUCGAGGAUAACCGGCGUGCUAAUAACGAAGGUCAUUUGCACUCGGGACCAUCAAGCACAAAGCCGACAGUCUUCCUGAUUUACGAGGAGAGGAUACACAGCCAUGGUAAGUGGGGGCUCGUGUCUCUUUCCGUCGUGUCUCGGUUGGAUCCAAUGUGGGAGAAUCUGGGUUUACGUCAAGCUAAUCGAAUCUUGAUCUCGGAACCUAUACAGUCGAUGUCACGGAAUUCUAAGAUCCUGGCGCUGCUCAACUAUCGGUUGCGGAUAACGCUUCUGGAUAGUCGCACACUAAUCGGACAAAUGCUCGCCUUCGACAAACAUAUGAACAUGGUUCUGGCCGACUGCGAAGAGCUCCGCAAAAUCAAACCAAAGGGCAAAGAUCAGGCGGAGCGCGAAGAGAAACGAACCUUGGGACUCGUCAUUCUACGUGGAGAGAUGAUCGUUUCCAUGAGUGUGGAAGCUCCACCUCCGGUAUCUGACGAGCAGAAGGCGAGAUCGGCUGCCGCCAUGUCCGGACCUGGAAUUGCCAGACCUGCUGGUCGAGGUCUCCCUAUGGCCCCUGCUGGUAUGGCCCCGGCAGGCUUGGGCGGACCGGUCCGUGGAGUUGGUGGACCUGCGCCUGGAAUGAUGGCCCCACAGGGAAGGGGAAUUACCGCUCCUCCUGUUCAGUAUGGUCGACCAAUGAUGCCCCCGCCUCCAAUGGGUCGUGGUGGACCUCCUCCUAUGGGUGGACCUCCAAUGGGCGGGCCUCCUGCAUUCGGACGAGGAAUGCCCCCGCCGCCUCAAGGAUUCAGGCCCGGAAUGCCUCCAGGACCUCCCCCAGCUGGGUUUAGACCCCCUAUGCCUGGUAUGCCUGGUGCCCCUCCUAUGGGCAUGCCUCCCAUGGGAAUGCCCCCACGACCAGGAUUCCCACCAGGACCUCCUCCAGGCUUCCGCCCCCCUCCCGGCAUGCCUCCCCGUCCGCAAUAGAGACGACAACUUUAUCGUCCCGAGUGUCUUCGCCGCCGUUACCGUCGCCAUAUAGUUAUUGCCGAAAACCAUUCACCCUGUAUCCUAUGCUCGUAGAGAUGGCUUCGCCGAGUCGCCAGCCCGUCGCUUUAGGAAGGAAGACUAGGUGGAAAAACGGAAACCCUUCCUUUAUGCUGGUUAGCAGCCUUUGUAUAUACCUGAGCGAAAAUCGAUUGGAAUUUAUCUUCGCAGCCA